AUGACGAAAAACAUGGAGGAUGUAACCAAGCAGAGCUGGACACUAGAAGAAGCAAAACUUGGAAGCACUGAGGAGAUUCAAGGAUACCAGAAAGAGGUUGCAAGUUUGAAGGAACAAGUGCAAGAACUCCAGAACCAAUCACAAGAGAAAACUGAGCGACUAAAAACUGCCGAAGCAAAUUCUGUUGCUUUACAGAAACAAUCUGAAGGUUUACUUCUUGAGUAUGAUCGCCUCAUUGCGGAGAACAGGGAUUUGAGGGACCAACUGCAGUCAAUUGACAUCCGCCUGUCCCAUUCUGACGGAAAGAAGAACUCGUGA